AUGCCGCCGCGCACCUCUUUUCCCUCGUCGCCCACAAUCAAUCGAGUCCGACAAAUCGACCUCGCCGACGAAUCUAGUGAGGAUGAGUUGAUCUCCCCGGCCCAGAAGAAACGCAAGCCGUCUCCUCCUCCGGAGUUCGUGCAACCAUCCAAUCUACCUCCACCCAGGAAAUCAAAGCGCUUGAAUCCCGACUUCUCGUCGCCUGCGAGGCAGGUGUCAACUUCAGGUGAAGAUGAGGGCGCGGGAUUUCCCAGCUCACCCACCCCGCGGAGUUCAGGGAGAUUACGCCGUAGGCAGUCACCACGGCCAACACGUUCAAUGCGGUCAGGGAGUCCCCACACUGUACAGUCGGUGGGGAUCUCCUCCCCAGUCAAUCGAUGCGCCACCUUUUCCGAUCUUGGAUCGCCAGAGACGAGUGGUGAUGAUGAUCCUGUAAUGGUGACGAAGCCUACGUCUCGGAGGAAAUCUAAACUAGACAAGGAUGAUCCUUUCACUGUCAAUAACGAAGAGCUACAAUACCUGUCAGACCAGGAGAUUCAUCGGAGACCGACACCGAAGAGGAAAAAAAGCAGAGGUGAUGACUUCGUGGUAGAUGACGAUGAAGUGGAAUACCUCUCUCCCGAUAAUGAGAGCGAUGAAGUGAGAGUACAACCACCCACAAAGUCCCGAAAAUUGUCGAAACACAAAUCCUCCAAGGCAUCCCGUGCACGGACCAAGGAAGAACAGGAUGAACUCGAUGAAGACCUGCAGGACUUGCAAGAUUCGGACCAGGAACUAAGCGAGCCGAGGGCGCGGACUAGAGGUGGUCCCGUCACCACGCAGCGAGACAAGACGAGAGAGCAUUUGCAGCUCCUAAAGCGAAGACGUGCGGGCGAAAAAGUCCCGCGAGUUCAUGACUCCGACGAAGAUUCGGACGAAGGUUCAGAAGGCGUUGACAUUGAUUUUAUCGGUCAGCCCGCGUACGAUAUCUCGAGCAAUCGAUCUUCGCAUUCUGUGAGUGAUUCGGACCAGUCAGCCGAUAAUAAUGGAGAUGCGGAGCAGGGAGAAGAUGAAGAUGAUUUCGUGGUUGAUGACUCGAGAGGAAGACUCGGUCGACCACAUCCAGAUAUACCUCUCCAAUUCACAUCGUUUGCUUCGGCCAAGCCAAGGGACCUCUUCCCUCACAUCAUCGAGUGGAUGGUCAAAAACAAAAUCGCUCCAGCCUUCAAUCGCGAGGAUCCGGUGUACAAUCUUGCCUUCGAUCGGGUGGAUGACCAAGUCAAAGCUCAAGCAGGGAGUAGACUCAUCUCUGCAGCAUGGGGUACCGACUUCAAACGGGCGAUACUGGCAAGACCGAAUAUGCACGUAGCAUUAUUGCCAGGCGAAGACGACGAACACAUGCGAACCUGCGAUGCUUGUAACCGAACCAAUAACCCUGCUCGCUAUGAAUUUAUCUUCUCCGGCGAACCAUACUACAAGAAAACACUGGAGCCCGUCGACAAUUCAGAAUCGGACGAAGACGCAGAUGACGAGAACGGUGGCAUCACUUACGACGAAAAUGGUCAUGCCAUCUCCUCGCAGCAGACACGCUUUUAUCUCGGUCGCUUUUGCGCCGCCAAUGCCGAAAUGGGUCACAAACUCACGCACUGGAAACAUCACCUCAACGAAUCUCUCAUGACCUAUCUUGAAGCUCAGGGCGUUCUCUCUGCAGAAUCCAUUGUCGCACGUGAAAAGAUGAACAAGAAGAAGCGCGAGAAGGAAGCGGAGAAUAUUGUGGAUAGCAUGGAGCAGACGGGUGUGAUUGCAGAAUUUUGGCGAGAGUUUGAAAAUGAUCUUAACGACGCAAGGUUGGGGAUGGAGGACUUUGAGAAGAGAGGUGGAAGAUCAAGAGGAAGAGCCGGAGCGAUCCGUGUGACGACUGAUGGGAUGGUCAGGGAAUGGGAUAAGGAUAAACACUGGGUAGCGAAGGCCAUGGAAUCGGAUUCGGAGGGUGGAUAA